AUGGAUCAGAUGGACUCGAAGGUGUUCGAUUAUAAUGCCGGCUCGCAGCAAUCCGCCGCCACCGCCGCCGAUUAUUGCUAUUCGACGGCGGCGGUGGCGGCGGCGGCCGCCGCCGACUUCUCGCGAGCACCCAACGUUUCGCCGUAUUUUUAUUCGUCGCAAUUUCCGUCGUCGACGGCUUCAUCGUUGUACGGGCAACAGCAGCAGAAUGGUUUCAUGUAUCCGCAGGCGGCCGGAAGCUCGCCAGAAGAUCAAAUGACGACAAAAAUCAUCGAAGGCGGCGAAGUGAAAAUCAACGGCAAAGGGAAGAAGGUCCGAAAACCGCGGACCAUCUACAACUCGCAACAAUUGCAAAUGCUACAGAAGAAAUUCCAAAAAACGCAAUAUUUGGCGUUGCCGGAUCGCGCGAGUUUGGCCGCCGAGCUCGGAUUGACUCAAACGCAGGUGAAAAUCUGGUUUCAAAAUCGUCGAUCGAAACAGAAGAAACAAAAGAAUGGCGGAACGGAUCGGAUGUCGGAUGACGAGGGCGACACGGAGGACUCGAGGCCUGAGAGCUCACCGAUGAGCGAAUCGACGACAAUGCCGAUGAGCACACAGGAUGCCAACUCGCCAACCCAAACAAUGGAUUCGCAGAACACAAUUCCACAAGAUUGGACGUCAUCGCAAUUGCCGCUCGCCAACAGCCUACCUCCCGCCGCUGGACCGUUGCCGUCGAUGCCGUCGGCGACGCCGCUCGGCACCUACGAUCCAUUAAAAUACUCGGAAGAGUCUAAAGUGAUGCUCUACCCGGAAAUGGCCUAUAGUUAUUACAAUUUCCCGCAUGCCUCCUAUCCAUAUUAG